UAUGAUUAUGAAAUCCAUUAUCCCAUUCAGUAUUCACCUCUCACAUACCGAUAUAUCGCACGAUUGCCACUGUUCGAGUAUUCGUCGUUGGAGACUUCGAUGUUCGAGUAAUCGUUCGUCGGCAAUCGUGUUAUUGCUUUUGCGUUAUUUGUCAUUUCGUGUUCGGUAAGUGCAUGUCCCGUUCGAUUUAGUAAGCAACCUGCUACGAAUCGCGGUUGACCACCAUGCAGAAUAACGACGAUAACUAUMGAAGUAAUAAUAAUUAUUCAAUUUGGAGAAAUGAUGGGAAUAACCAAGAACAGCAGCAACCGGACCGUCCAGACGAAACACGUGAUCCGGACCGUGGGAURGUCGUCAACCAUGGCAACACCGACAAUUCUACUUACAACACUACUGCAUAUUUAAAAUAUUUCAACGUGGUAAAACCAGUCGAAUUAUCUAUGUUUUCCGAUAAAAACCUGUACGAUGAAUCAAAAAUGCCCUCGUCAACAUAUAAGCCUUUGAGUUCAAACCCUGUUUCGGGAACAGUAGGCGCCAAAAACAACAAAAACUCGGGCAAGUUGAAUUGGAAUGAUAACAAAUCCAGACAAUAUAACGGAUAUCGUCAGAAUCAGUUCAACAACAAGAAAUAUCCAAACAAAUAUCGGAAUAACAAAACCAAAGCCUCAGUGAGAUUCAACGAUUUUGUUUCAGUGACAAAUGUCCACAAUACACCCUUUGGAAAAAAUGAUCAGCCAGGUUCUAUAAAUAAUUCUGGUUGUACAGAACCGGCUUUCAGUCAAAAUGUUUUGACCAUUAAUGAUUUGCCUGGCAUAGAUGAAAAUUCUGAAUAUGAUUCAGAAUGUGAAUCUGACCCAGGUGAUAUAGAGAAGAUGAAUAUGAUGACUGCUGCAGAUUUUAAUGAUGAUCGUUAUGCUCGCUAUGGGAUACACGAGGCAGAAAUCAAAGACUAUGUGCGCACUAUUACGUUUAAAAACUGCAUAGAAUAUUGUUCAAAAGGAUAUAUUAAAGAUAAAGUGGUAUUAGUUAUCCGCUGUGGUAUUGGCUUAUUACCUUUGUUAUGUGCUCGGGAUGGAAAAGCCAAAAAAGUAAUUGCUUUAGAACAGUCGGCUUGCAUUGAAUAUGCUCGACGUAUAAUCACAGACAAUCGGUAUAGUACUGUGAUCACCUUAGUCCAAAGCAAUGUUCAUGACUUAAAACAGUUGCCGCACAGACUGAAAAAGGUAGAUGUUAUAUUAUCUGAUUUUUUGGGAGACUGUGUUUUAAGUCAAGGAGAUCAAAUGGAACAGGUUAUUGAAGCUAGAGAUCGUUUUCUUGUUUCAAAUGGUUUAAUGAUUCCUAUGCGUGUUACUCUGUAUUGUCAGUUAUUAGAACAAAGGCGAAUCUUUGGAAAUUGUCGUAUUCGCAAAAGGAUUAAAAAAAAGACAAAUAAAAAAUCUGAUAGUUGCUUAAAUUUAAACAAGUCUGAUAAAUCCGAAACUGAUACUGACAGUUCUUCAGAUUCAACAUUGUGUUCAUGGUGGAGUGAUGUUUAUGGAUUUGAUAUGAGAUCAAAUACAGAAAUGAUAGUUGAUUGUGAUUCUGAAAGCGUAGACUGUCCUAAAUUAGCAAAAGAAAAGUGGCACUUGAUGGAUGAACCUCUAGUUACAUUUUUUGAUCCGUGCAAGGUAGUAUCUAAUGCUUGUUUAUUAAAGAAGUUUGAUAUGUAUAAGUGUACUAUAGAUGAAGUUCGCCAUGUACAUAGUAAAGACUUAGUUUUAGAGUGUAUUACACCUUAUACGAGUGCCAAUGGAGGAGACUAUGCACAUAUGUUAGAAUUAUUUAUGGUAGUUGAUUUUCCUAAUGGUCAAGAAAUUAUCGAUGAUAAAGAUGAGCUACAAAUAGGAUUUUCGACAUCAUCUUAUUCACCAUUUACUAGAUUUAGACAGACUGGUUUAUUGUUACGGGAUCARCUGCUUGUUGAACAAGGUAACAAGUUUAUAAUUAAUGAGUUCCGUAUGUGGCGUGGUCCUCAAAAAACUAAAAAAACUAUGACUGUUGGAGAAAAAACUAUCACUAAAAGUACUUGUAAUAGAUGUGGACCAGAAGAAAAUUUAAAGCUAAGGUUAAGAUAUACAUUUGUCAACAAGUAUACCCAGGCGAAUAAUAGACGUUGUGCUUACAUCUUAACAAAGCAAUUAUUUUAAGAUUUAAAUCAAAGGUUUUUGAAUACUUUACUUAAUAUAUUAAAUUUGGAUUUUA